AUGGCCGGAAGUCGGAAGAAAAUCCAAGAGAUCUUGGAUCGGGCAAUUACUCCAGAGAAUUCAGAUUGCGAUACUGAAAGCGUUGCACAUAGCCCUGGUGAAAGGUCAGCGGUUGACUCUGACGCUGAUGAUCAGCAACAAGAGACCUACCCCGACCAGGAACCAUCUAAGGUUUUAGGAGAUGAAAACGAUCGCCCGAAAGAAUGCCAUGACUACAAGACCACUGAAGAGUUGAGGUCUGACAAUUUUGAGAAGAAUACUUUCAGACAACCAAAGUUCUGGCUUUCAUGGAGAGGAAAGGUACUUGUAAAGCCUGAAUCGGGUGUAGUCCCGGAGCAUCACCCCCACCCUGAUGCAAUGCAAUCUGGCAUCGGUUAUAUUGUCUUUACUGGGAAUAAGUACCAAAAGUUCAAGGGUACCAUUACCUGUGAUGAUCUUGGUUGGGAUAAUGUUGCAAUAACCGGUUGGAAACAGUAA